CUAUUUUCAAUGUGUAGUUGCAGAGCUAUCCUCUUACAGAUAAGGCGUUCAAUCAACAUGUGUCAUUCUUCACUUUUCGUAUUAUUUGUUUUAGGGAUUGGAAACUACGGUCUUACAUUAUUUGUUUAUACCCCCGAUUGCCCUCACCCAUGCGUUGUCAAUGGUCACCACUUCUGUUACCCGCCGCCCUGCCCCCCUCCAGCCUGUGAUGACCCUGUCUACGCCCCGGGUCAAUGCUGCACAGUCUGUCCUGAUGAUUGUCCACGUGGUGCUUGUACAAUAGGAAACAGAACAAUGUGUUAUCCCAUCCCCUGCCCUCUACCCCCAUGUAAAAACCCCGUAUCAACCCCAGGGGAGUGCUGUCCUCAUUGCCCCCAAGGCGACCAAGCUCCAGUAGAUCGGGACUGUCCUCAUCCGUGUGUAGCCGGCGGACACAAAUACUGUCACCCAGUACCCUGUCCACUACCACCCUGUCAAAACCCCGUCACUACGUUGGGAGACUGCUGUCCGCAUUGUCCGGAGAGCGUGGAGGAUCCGGCAGUCGGUCUCCGUUCAGAAGAUAAGACACGGGCAGAUGUAGACACUGACUGUCCCCAUCCCUGUGUUGCCGGUGGACACACAUACUGUCACCCCGUGCCGUGCCCGUUUCCCCCGUGUGACGAGCCUGUAACAACCCCCGGAGACUGCUGUCCUCAUUGCCCGUUUGGAUAAUCGUUUGAUAUUAUCAAUAAACAAAUCUUGAGAGACAA